GUUAAAGGACUGCCGAAAAGCGGUGUAUUCAAACUCUAUAUAGAAAAUGGCGUAGUGAGUAGAGUGGUUUCGUUAUUUUUAAUUUAAUGAUCCAUGUUAAUAGUUUUCUGUUUCAAACUGUUGCAAGUUACGAGAAAUUAAGAUGGCGGAAAAAUUUGAUAAUCUGGAGGAGCAUCUGGAGAAAUUCGUGGAAAACAUCCGACAGCUGGGGAUCAUUGUGAGCGACUUCCAGCCUAGCAGCCAGGCAGGACUCAACCAAAAACUGAAUUUUAUGAUCACUGGAUUACAAGACGUUGACAAAUGUCGGCAACAGCUGCAUGACAUAAAUGUACCACUGGAAGUAUUUGAAUACAUUGAUCAGGGUCGAAAUCCCCAGCUGUACACUAAAGAGUGUUUGGAGAGAGCCUUGGCAAAGAAUGAGCAGGUCAAAGGAAAGAUUGAUACAAUGAAGAAAUUUAAAAGCCUUCUCAUCUUGGAACUAAGUAAAGUCUUUCCAGAGGAAAUGAUCAAGUAUAAAGCCAUUCACGGUGAUGAUCCACCUUCAUAGUCCUCAUUUCAGAAGUCUUGGAACUGUCAAACUUUUUUUUUUUUUUUUUUUUUAAAUAACCAAAUGGACCUUAACUUAAACGUCCAACAACUAUGGAAUUUCUCUGAUCUUUACAUGGAAGUUUAGUUUUGUGGUCCAUCUGGAAUAUUGAAAAGUUGCACUGCCUUAUUGUAAGAUCCAUCGGAACUCGAUACAUUGCAGCAAUUCUGUAAAAAAGGUCAAUGCAACAUUAAAUAAUGCAACUGUUUUAUACUGUUUUGCCACUAAAGACAUUUGUAAUAAACAAUUGUUUUGCUAUUGUAA